CGUCUUUCCCCAGCUCUCGCGAGAGGCGGCAGCUCGGUAAGAUGGCGGCGCUGUGUGAGGAGUUCACGCUGUGCGGCCUGAUUGCCAGCGCGGGAGCAGGGGCUGGCCAGGGCGUCCUGGGGCUGGAACCGGGCCCGGAUCCCGACCGGGUGCUGCUUACCGACCGCGGCAGGACGGCCACCCUCUACAAGGUUUCAGACCAAAAGCCACUGGGUUGCUGGUCAGUCAAACAAGAUCAAACUAUCACAUGCCCAGCUGUGUGUAACUUUGAAACUGGCGAAUACAUUGCUGUCCAUGACGAUAAGGUUUUAAGAAUAUGGAAGGACGAAGAUGUUAAUUUGGAUAAAGUAUUUAAAGCAACACUAACAGCUGAGGUAUAUCGGAUACAUUCACUGCCCCACACAGAGCCACUUGUGCUUUUCAAAGAAGGUGCUGUGCGAACCUUAGAUGCUCUGCUUGCAGCACCACAACAAGAAAUUGAAAAUGUUAUCUCAGAUGAAGUCAUUAGGUGGAGUGAAGCUUUCAUGGAAACUCAACAACCUGUUUUAAUUUUUACUACUGAGAAAAAUGGGAAUUAUUUUGUGUAUGUGCAGAAGGUUAACCCAAAUAUCCUGCACAAGUACAAACUUGAACAAGAAGAAUCAUCACAUCCACUGAGUUUUACAGCAUAUACAAAAAACAAGAUUCUCACACUCCUGUGUUUGUAUUCUAAUGGAUGUGUGUAUAAGAUUCUGAUGCCACCACAACAAAGUGUCCCAGAGGAAGAGCAAAUUCUGUCCAAGUCACUACUGCUCAAAAUUGUAGUGUCUGACGCUGUUCUAAAAGGAGCUUCAUUAGCCAUCCUUGAUAAAGAUCAUGUUGCAGUACUAGGAUGUUUGGAUUCUCCACCCAAUAUUGCUAAAGAGUGCUUAUCUAUAUGGAAUACAAAAUUUCAAACAUUGCAAACUUCAAAAGAACUACCACAGGGAACCUCAGGACAGUUGUGGUGUUAUGGAGAGAAAUUUUUUUUAACACAUGGGAAGGUGCUAACUGUAAUCGUAUACAAGUGUGAAACUUCAUCUUUGGCAGCUGCUGUUGGAAAACUCAAGGAUACUCAAACCUCAGGCAUCAGAACUGUGUCUUCAUAUGUGAAUUGGAAUAUGCUUCCAGAAGAAGAUCUGGUAUCUCCACGUGCACAGCAAUCUGUAACUGCUAAAACUGAAUCCAAGAGAACUUUAAGGUCGAGAAGGAACAACGUUGCAAAAGUACAGCGAGACACCCUUACAGUUGAACAGCUUUUAUCAGAUAUAAAGGAUUCUUCUCAGAAUGAUAUUGAAGAGGAAUUGAGGCAGUUCUUGUCAAAUGCACAGAUGUCAGAUUUCCAAACUACCAUUGGAUACAUUAUAACAGGUCUCGUGAACAGGUGUAAAACAGAGCCAACAUUUUACCCUCGAAAUUGCCUGGUACAGUUGAUCCAGACACAAGGACUCUCUUACAGUUUGUGCCCAGACUUAAUGGCAGUUGCCUUGGAGAAGACAGAUGUGCAUUUGUUGCAACUCUGUCUACAGCAAUUUCCUGAUGUUCCUGAAGCAGUUACCUGUGCUUGCUUGAAGGCUUUCUUAAGCAUCAAUGACGACAGCCUUCAAGGAACAAAUGUGAAUUUAGAUUCAGUAAUCAGUUACAUCGAUAUUGCACUCAAUGAUCAAGUCGAAAAACAAACUGAAACUGUACAGAAUGGCUUCAGUUCUGAACUGAUGGAGGAGGAUAGCUGUGAUAUUCAGUUAACACCGAAACCCCAUGUGGUGGACACUGAAGAAUUAUGCCCUAUUGGACCACAAAAGGCAGCACUGCUAAAUGCCAUUCUCCAUUCAGCAUACAGUGAAACAUUUCUCUUGCCUCAUCUGAAAGACCUUUCAGCUCAGCAAGUCAUUAUGUGCCCUUGAGGGACAGCUCCUACACAUCGGCGGAGUGAGUGCCUCCGUCAGAUAAGGAGGUGAUUGAGGAGGAGUUAGAUGGACAUGUUUUGAGAAGUGCUGCAAUCGUCUGUUCAAGCCAAUAGCGAGCCUGGAGAGAGACAGUAAAUGAAAAACUAGAAAUGGAUAGCCAGGGGAGGAGACAUGGGCAGGAGCGGAUAAUAGAGAGUGAGGAGCGGAUGAUAAAACUCAUGGAGGACCAAACAGAAAUGCUCAGGUCCCUGAUUCUGCUGCAGGCAGAACACAUGCAUGCUUGACUCUCCCUGCAGCCCAUACAGAACUGGAUUCCAUGCCCUCCCCAAACUCCCCACUCAUGUUCCCAGCCUGUCUCAGUACCUCUUGCAUUCUAUCCCAAGGACAUUUUCCAUAACAGCAGCUGGACUUACACACAGCUGGUGACAUCCUCAUUUCAGAGAGUGCUACUCAGUGUCAUGUCCCUUGUAAGAAAU